AUGAUUCGAGUUACCGCACAGAGUCCUCGCCCCUCCGAUGAGGAGCGAAUGUGCUGGAUUUGCCUCGGAGGCGACGAAGAGCUGACGGCUCGCUUCGAUUGGCUGCAUCCGUGUCGCUGCCGCGGCAGCAACAAAUGGGUGCAUCGCGGCUGCCUGAAUCGAUGGAUCGAUGAGAAGCAGCUGCACGAUCCGGUGAUGCCGAUGGCCUGCACCCAGUGCCGCACCAAGUACAUUAUUGUGACCCCGCGGCUCAAUGCUUUCGAUGCGUUCCUGGACCAGAUCGACCAGCUGUACGAAACGGUGUGUCCCAGCGUGAUGAUGGGCACGCUCUCGGCCGGCCUCUACUUCGCGGCGAUGACCUUCGGUGCCCUGACGCUGAUCCAGGUCUUCGGGUACCGCGUGAGCCUGACGCUGUUGAAGGACGAGCCCACAGUACUGAUGAUCGUCCUGCCGACGAUCCCAGCUGUGCUUCUGCUGCUGCGCAAUCUCCGAUGGGACGACCAAUUGACGAUGCUGUGGCGUGGCCUACGCGGCCCCCGCCCGGUCGCGCCGCGUGAUGAUCUGGAUGAGGACGGCGAGAUUCCGCCAGGUGCUCCGCUCGACGAAGAGUACUUCGAUGGUGGACCUCCCGAUGAACUCGGUAUGAACUUCCUGGAUCAGGGAGCCAUCUUUGGCGACGAGGGGAUCGGGAGUACUUCCGCCAGCUUCAUCGUGGCCCUCAGUCUGCCCAGCUGUGCCGUCCUGCUGGGCCACACACUGUUCUCGAAGAUGGGCAAUAGGCUGCUGGCCAUUGUGAUGGGCGGCGUGACCUUCUUGGGCAUCAAGGGGCUGUCCAGAGCCUAUCUGCGCCACUCUACCGUGCAGCGUAAGAGGGGGCGUUCCGUUAUGGAUUACACUCCGUUGAAUGUGGCGAGCUACAUCUGGCUGCGCGCAUCGGGCAGCCGCAACAUCCCCGACACACGUUAA